UAGCUAAUUAGCUCUGCAUACAACAAAGAUAAAGUGAGCCAGGGAGGAGGGCCCACUGAGAGGUCUUUAGGUUCUGGGCAAUGUCUGAUUGGCAGAUGUUAAAAGAGAUUCUUUGGUAAUCCAGUGCAUCAAUGAACUGCACAAAUUCAGUACAGGGCUGGAAUAAUUCAGGCAUGAGGAGGACACUUUGUGCUUGCAGUCUCGAAAAGGCAGAGCCAAGAUGGAUAGAACCUUGGAAUCCUUGAAACACAUCAUUGCCCAAGUUUUGCCUCACAGAGACCCAGAUCUUGUAUUUAAAGACUUGAAUGUUGUAUCAAUGCUGCAGGAAUUUUGGGAAAGCAAACAACAGCAGAGAGCUGUGUUCCCAAGUGAAGGUUUGGUGGUAUAUGAGUCUUUGCCAUCUCCUGGGCCUCCAUUUGUAAGUUAUGUCACCCUCCCUGGAGGAAGCUGUUUUGGUAAUUUCCAGUGCUGCCUUAGCAGAGCAGAGGCCAGAAGGGAUGCAGCCAAAGUGGCCUUGAUCAAUUCCCUCUUCAAUGAAUUACCUUCUCGCAGGAUCACUAAGGAGUUCAUCAUAGAAAGUGUUCAAGAAGCCAUCGCCUCCACCAGCGGCACUAUAAAUGAUGCUGAUGACCCAAGUACCAGCAUAGGAGCCUAUCACUAUAUGCUGGAGUCAAACAUGGGGAAAACUAUGUUGGAAUUUCAGGAGCUGAUGAUUGUUUUCCAGCUACUGCACUGGAAUGGAAGCCUGAAAGCCCUUCGGGAAACCAAGUGUUCCCGACAGGAGGUGAUUUCUUACUAUUCCCAGUAUUCCUUGGAUGAAAGGAUGAGGAGUCACAUGGCCCUUGACUGGAUUAUGAAGGAACAAGAUUCACCAGGAAUUGUCUCUCAAGAGCUGCAGAUGGCCCUGAGGGAGUUGGAAGAAGCCAGAAGAGCUGGACAAGAGCUUCGAUUUUACAAAGAAAAGAAAGAAAUAUUGAGCUUAGCUUUAGCUCAGCUCUACAGCGACCAAAAUACCUCUUCUCCAAGUGAUGAUCAGAUGAGUCUGGCUGCUUUAUGUGGCUACCACUAACUGAAAAGAGAACUCCAAUGGACUCAUCAAUACUGAACUAGAAAAAGCUAAUUCUUUUGGUAUUCUGAUGGACCCUGUAAAUUGGUCAUUUCCAGUUAUGGUUUUAGGGAAAUGUAGCUGCUAAUUGAAGUUUUAUUUCACUUGCACCCUAUCCCAACCUGACUCCAACCCCAUCACACAUCAUGGAACCUUAGAGAUAAAAAGGACCUCAGGGAUCAUCUAAUUCAAUCUCCCAACCAAUACAGGAAUUAUUUUACUUCCAUUAGCUUAAGUCUAAAUUGGGAAGAAGGGGAAGGAAAAAGAUAAAUGCUUUGCAUAUAUUUUCUCAUUUGUACUUCACAAUAAACCUGU